AUGUUUGUUAUCGGAUUAUUGCAGCCUAAGAAAUGUAUGAAGUCACUACUAUUAACUUGUUUAACUCUGAUACUGUUUGCUAAAGUAUUCAGCAUUCCCCAUUCAAAAACGGAAACAAAACUUUCUCUCAAAGAAAAUACACUUAAAUACCGACUACCAUCUAAAAUCUUCCCAUCACACUACAACAUAUCAUUAAAACCAUACCUACGCGAAGAAGAUGGCCCAAAAAGAUUCACCUUUGAUGGUGAAGUUUUCAUCAAUCUGGCAACCAACGAAUUCAAUUUGACGAAAAUAACUUUGCAUUCUGCUAAAUUAAACUACACUAUCCGUGAAUUGUAUGAAACAGCUAGACCACAAAUUCAAAUAAAAAUAACCCGAAUCGAUGAAGACCCAUUGGACACGGGUAAAUGCAGUUUAACAUUGGAGUCAGCUCUUAAACCAAAAACAAAUUACACAUUGCAUUGUGUUUAUAGGGGUCUAAUGGAAGAUGAUAUGAAUGGUUUUUAUAAAAGUUACUAUUUAGAUGCUCAAAAUGAAACAAGAUGGUUAGGAUCAACUCAAUUCCAGCCAAAUCAUGCUCGGCGAGCUUUUCCCUGUUUUGAUGAGCCGAAAUUUAAAGCAACUUUUGAUGUGGCCAUUACUCGAUUUAGAAGUUUUAAGACUAUUAGUAAUACUCGCUUGAUAUUAAGCCAACGUUUGGACAAAAACUACUUCAAAGACAUCUUCGCCACCACCCCUCUCAUGUCUACAUACCUUCUCGCCUUCCUAGUAUCCGAUUUCAAUGAACGCAACGAUAUCGAAGGUGAAUUUUACGUAUCAGCUCGCCCCGACUACUUUACCCUAACUGAAUAUGCUUUAAAUGUUGGCCGUAAGCUUUUAGCUGAAUAUGAUAAAUACACAAAAUUACCCUUCUACGAAAUGGGUGUUGAAAAAAUGCAUGUAGCCGCUAUUCCAGAUUUUGCAGCUGGAGCUAUGGAAAAUUGGGGUCUUCUUAUGUACAGGGAACAAGCUUUACUCUACGACAAAGAAUCAACAACUCUUUUCAGUAAACAACAAGUUGCUGAAGUUAUAGCCCACGAACAAGCUCAUAUGUGGUUUGGUGAUAUAGUAACUAUGGAAUGGUGGAGUUAUACUUGGCUAAAUGAAGGAUUUGCUACAUAUUUUCAAUAUUUUAUCACAGAUCUUGUUCAUCCAGAAAUGGAAGCUGACAAACAAUUCGUUGUUCAUAAACUUCAAGAUAUUAUGAUCAAAGACUCAACAAACGAUACAAAUCCAUUAACUGAUCUAACUGUAAAUUCUCCCGAUGAUAUAAAUGGAAUGUUUAACCAUAUUUCGUACAGUAAAGGUGGUUCAGUCAUCCGAAUGAUUGAGCACGCUAUUGGAGAACCCAAUUUACAGAAAUCACUUCAGAAUUACCUGGACGCUUACAAAUACACCAACACAGUUCCUCAAAACAUAUUCGAUCACUUAAAAGCUAACUGGCCAUCAUCCAGUAAAAAAUACGCUGAUGGUGUUUUUACUAGUUUCACUGAACAAGUUGGUUAUCCAGUCAUCAAUAUUGUACUUGCCGAUGACUCAAAGAGCAUGACUAUCGAACAAAAACGUUUCCUCCUCAAUCCGGAAGAUGGCAGUGAUGUCAGCCUACUUUAUACAGUUCCGUUUACAUUCACAACAAACUUGAAAAAGAAUUUCAAAUCAACUUUUCCCAAUAUGUACCUGGAACCAAAUACUGACAAAGUGACUGUGAAUUUUAAAGAACCAGUGAAAUGGGUUAUAGGAAAUAUUCAAGAAACUGGUUUCUAUCGGGUUAAUUAUAGCACACCAAUUUGGCAUCAAAUUCGUCAAGCUUUACGGUCUGAAAAUUGGGACGGUAUUCACGAGCUUAACCGGGCUCAAUAUGUUAACGAUCUUUUGACAUUUGCUAGGGCAGGUCACUUAAGUUAUGAGCUGGCAAUGAUGUGCCUUGACUAUUUGGAGACCGAAACAAAUUAUCUUCCAUGGAAAGCAGCAUUCGAAGGUUUUGAAUUCUUAGCAGAUCGUCUAAGCUUAGAAAAGGAAAGCUUUGCUAAAUACAUCUUAAAAAUUACAGAAAAAGCUUAUAAUUCCUUUGGAUUUGUUGAAAGUCCAACAGACAAGGUUUUAGAUAUUUACACCCGAAGCAAAAUGAUCUUAUGGAAUUGUAAAUAUGGACACGAAGGUUGUAUUGAAGAAGCUUUGAAAUUGUUCCGAAACAUGGAUAACAAACCGAUUCCGGUAAACAUUCGUAAGGAUGUUUAUUGCACAGCAAUGAGGCAUGGUACUGAAGAUGAUUUUGAAAGACUCUAUCAAAAGAUGAAAACCGAACAAAUAUCAAUGGAACAAGUCUUGAUUAUACAUAAUUUAGGUUGUGUUCGUGAGAAAAAGCUUGUCAAACGUUAUUUUCAUAUUAUUCUUAGCGAUGAUAUUCGUCGUCAAGAUAAGAAGAAAGCCUUAGAAACUCUGUACAACUCAAAUGCUGAAAAUGUUUCACCAGUUUUUGAUCUUAUAGUUGAUAAUUUUGAAACUUUUUUCAAAGUAAUGGGUAACAAAGCAGAAGUUGCACAACAGAUUUCAAAGUUAGCAGAAUGUUUCACAACUAAAGAACAACAAAGUAAAUUUGAUACAUUCAUUGCCAAAAGGGGUAACAAAUUUGAAGGCAGUAAGGAAGCUCUGAGAACAGCUGCCAAGGCGGUUAAGGAGAAUCUUGAAUGGUCUGAGAAGAGAUUGGGACAUGUUGUUCAAUUUUUGAAAGAUUAUAAAAAUAGUUCAAGAAGAAUAGGAAUGAGUAUGUUGACCGUUGCUUUAAUGGCGAUUAUAGUCUAUUUGAUAAAUUAGUCCAAAGCUAUAGAUGUUAUUUGAGAACAUACAAAGUUUAAAUUACAUAGAAUAAGUUCAUAUAAAUUUUGUUUUGUAUAAUUUUA